GCACAUAUUGUAGAUAUAUUGAAGUCGAAGUUUACAAGUUAUAAAGAUUUUCAUACCUUACUGUACACAUGUGCACCUGAAUUUAAUUUUAUUGAAGUAGAGGUAUGUAAUGUUUAAAAAUUGCGAAUACCAAAAGAAUCAUGGCCGAGACAGCGAACUGGAAAUCUCAGAGUGGUUAUGUAGCUAGGGUUUUGACGAUUUCUACUGAGAAAAUAUAUGAUAAAAUGCACCAUUUUAUCUUUGUUGAAGCUUCACUUUCUAAAUUUGUCCAUCUUAAUUCUAAUUGUUCCCAAAUUAUAGUCAUGUACAUCAUAUAUACUCGUGUAAUAGUUGCAGGACGUCCCAUCCCCGCAAAUACUAUUUUUAAGUAAUAUGAAAUUGACUUACAUAUAUAUAUAUAUCUACUGAUCUAAUUUGUUCUCUAGACAUUUUACAAGUUAUCAAAGACAUUAUUGUUACCUUGUGCUUUUCUGGGUAUAGUAGCUGUCCUAUUCAAGGUAAGGUUAGUUUGGUGAGGUAAUGUUUAGCUUGUAGAAGUCACAACAUACAGUAUGCAGGAUAGUAAUUUUUUCAAACUUUCUAAAAUAAACCUUUCUUAUAAUGACGGAAAAACAAUUCGCAAUGCAAAUUAUGCUUGUUGAAAUUUAUUGGUUCGCCAACGACUUGCUUUUCCCGUGGGACAUCGCAUAAAUUGGUUUUCCGCCUUUGACGUCGUUAUAAGGAAGGUCUAUUGUCCGUUGAUUAAAAUAAGUUAAAUAACACAGAUUAAACUUUAGUAUUGAUAAAUUAGAGUUUCUGUUUCACAGACCUGGUCUGUGACCCAGGUGAGUUCGAUAUCUGCAUGUAGUUUUACAGCUUUCCAAAAUACCAAAUAUUUUUUACAUAGGUUGAAAAAAUCACUAUCCAGUGGAUAGCGCUAUCAUGGCCUUCGUGAUGAAUAACCAACUAAUGAUACCAUAGGCAGCCCAAAACUGCGUGUAGAAUGCACCAAAUGCGUCCAAAUGCCAAUUUAUAUUAAGCUCGCCCCAUUCCUCUGUCAUUUGUCGCGCGCCGCAAGCACUCAAUGAAAAGCAUUAGUAUGGGCUGCCUAUGAUACGGAACACGACUGAAUUUUGUUUGCAUGCAAAUCGUGCAUUUAGACAAGUUAAAUUACGGCCUUUGCAACAUUGACCUUUGUACAUUUUAACUACAUUUUUAACGGACUGGCGCAGCUGGGAUAUAUCUUAUCGGUUAAGUAAUCCAGUAAGGGUCCGUGGUAAAAUGCCACCCUCCCCUCUCGGCGGCACUGCAUGUUCAACAUUUUCCGUACGUAUACGUACAGGAUGCAUGUAUGUCCUCAUUCGCAGAGUUAUUUGAAUAUAUGGUAUGUAUUUCGUUUCUCAGGUCAUAAAAUUUGAGAUCCAUUACUGGUUAUGGAGAGAUGAUGAGAAACCUAAUGGUACAGCAGACGAGAAUGGGGAGGAUGACAUGUAAGUUGCUUUAAUGCAGUGACGUUAUGUUCAAUUAUUGUACUUACACAUUUUAGCUAUAUGUUACAUAGAUGUAUAAAUUCAAUAUCUGUUAUUUCAUUUCCAUUAUCAAUAAAUCGUGGGUUUUCUAUUAAACAGGCCAUUAUCAAAUCCAAAACCGUGUGCAGAGGUACAGUAUUUAUUAGCACUACAUGUAUGUCAAUUAAAUCUUGUGGGGCUGGGUAGACAGUUGCUUUCAUGUUGGCGGGGGCAUUGUGGUUCUAUGCAAAAUGUUAUUGUAUAUGGCAUGGUAUUGCGUGGAAUAGGACAGUAUAUCAUGGUACGGUACAGUUGGCAUGGAAUGGUAUAGUAUGACAUGGUAUGGCAUACCAUAGAAUGUAAUGGGAUGGUAUGGUUCGUAUAAGGCGUGUUCUGCUGUGCAAAAGUUUAAUAAAAUACAUGCUAAUGAAGUGUACUAAACUUUUGAAUUUUUGGCAAAAUAAACUCUUGCUUUGUUUUUUCUAUUAGCAUUUCUAUCACGUACUCCAAGCAUCCGCGUUUGUCAUUAUUGCCAUUCUAAUCAUGCGUCUCAAGUUAUUUGGAACACCUGCAUUAUGUAUUAUGGCUUCCAUGGUCGCUUCACGAGAGGUAAACUUUGCAACUUGUUUGCUGAAAGUUCUUUGUUGAGAUGUUCUUUACAAGUUGAAUAAAAAUGUCCCUCUGUGAGACAAUUUUAAUUUAGACUUUGUUCAGUUAAUAUUUGAUGAUGUCAUUGUCACAGAAACCUUUUUCUUUCUAGUACUUCAGUUUUGUUGGCAGUAAGAAUCGCCACCAGGCAAUCUUGGUUAUAUUAUUGGCAAUGAUGUCAGUCCAAGGAAUUGACAAUUUAAACACCCAGUUUGUAUGUUUAGUUCAAAAUAUUUUGAUGUUUUGAGGAACUUGAUGAUUACUGCAUAUUUGCAGCUUGUUUCAAAACGGAUUCCAGAAAAAUAUUGUUCAUUCUUUGUUUAGAAUACAAGUGGAGAAUAUAACAAUCCUCACUUGGAAGAACUAGUACGUAUGAUCACUGCGUUGUAAUUACACAUUUAUGUGACCACCUAGCUGUUUCAGACGUCGAACUUUUCAUGAGCUGAAUCCAGUGUAAAUGACCUAAACCAUGCAGUCUUUGUUCAAGCCGUAUUUACACUAGAAUCGCCAUGCAAUAACUAUUUAGAAAUAUAAGUUAUACUGUCAUUAAUUAUUUGUGAUUAGUCUGGUGCUUCUAAAGUCAUUUUCCCUAAUAAUGAUAACAUUAUUAAUAUUGUGUUUAGAUAAGCUGGAUCGAUACAAAAACUUCAAAAUGUAAGUUAAACUCUCUACAAGUGAAAACGCGAUUAUUAUACUAUGUAGGUAAUCGAUUGAUUUUGGAAAAUGUCAUGCCACUAGACGAUGUCGAAACCGUACAAAGUUUUGACCUUUUCGAUGUUUUUUUCGCGAAACCUGUAUGGAUUCAAAACCAUAUGAACAGGCGGAAUCGUACGGAAUGGUUACAUAAUAUAGGACGGAUCUAGAGCCGCACUUGCAGCUCCGAAACUAGUAUGGAUCCACCUGUUAGCACGGUUCAGAAUCCAUAUUGUCCUGAAUGCACUGAUAGAACUCUCAAACGUAUUGAUCCGACAAUGUGUUCUAAGUUAUUUGAUUAUUGCACAGUUAAAUAGUCAAAAUGUAGUCUUGUAUAUCAUAUAUUCAGUACCUCGAUGUUUUCCUACAGCACACGUGUUUGCUGGUUCAAUGCCUGCAAUGGCAACAGUCAAGUUGACUACAAAAAGACCAAUAGUGAAUCAUCCACAUUAUGAAGAUGCUGGCUUAAGGUAUUCUUACGCAGAAUGCGAGCUAUAAUAACGUUCAGUGAACUGAUAACCGAGGCGACAAAGAGGCCAGACGGAGGGAAUUUUUCCUGGAAUGGGAAUACAAAAUACUUCCAAAGCAGUUUUAUAAUAAUCAUCUUUUGUAUUUUUGUUUUCUAUCGGAUAAAUUAUAGUAAUAUUUAUAUUGAUUUGGAUUCUUAAAAGCAUGAAUAAUAAUGAGAGAAAGAAAUCAAGGCAAAGUCCAGGCCUUGUCCGCCUUUAUUGGGUGGCAAACUGCACGGGGAAAGCACACGGCAACAAGGAGUGAAUUUAGUAAAGUUAAAACUUGGAAUUCUAUAUGUAUUAAAUGCAAACAGGCUAGGUAUCUUGUUGUUUUUGACUUUUGUAUUGUAACGUGUUUCUUUUAGUUUACCAUACCGCAGUAAUUGGGGUAACAUGUUAACCCUAACACUUUUAUAAUUGUAAUUAUAUAUUUUGUAUAUUAUAAUUAUAUAUAGCUUCUUUCCCUCAUUUGUCAUCCUAUAUGUUGCUGCGCGGUUUGCCAUCCAAAAAUGGAUGCCAAUGCCUGCUCGCCUGAUAUUCAAUUUUUUUUAUAUAUAUUUUAGAGAACGAACGAAAAAGGUGUAUCAAAUCUAUAGUAGAAAACCUUGUGAAAAAAGCUGGCAAACGCUGCGUGAUAUGGGCGUAAAUUACAUCAUUAUUGAAAGAAACUGGUGUUUUGGUAGAUCAAGGUAGGUUUUGAUACCGUUUAUUGCACUCUUGCCUCAAUGGCCUCGUUUUCAUGUUCGCCUGUUGGUGGCCACAUGAAAACGAGGCCUUGGGGCGAAAAUGCAAUAAACGGCCAGGUCAAUUAAAAGGUUGUCAUGCUUUCAUUGUUGAAACCACGUGAAACUUGUUAUAACUUACAGUUCCUGAGUUAAUCGACUAUCUUUCAGAGAUUUUGCUAAUUCGAUUCUGCAUACAUAGGUAUUCUCCAAAACGCUCGCCUCAUCUGAAAAAUAUUGUUAUUUCCUCGAUGUAUUGGAUUUCACAAAUGCAUUGUCUUCAAUGUCUUGCAAACAUUGUUUCCUUAGUUUUUUGACAUGCCCCAGGCACAGAAAGGAUUCGUGACUCGUAUGCCUACUCCGCACGCAUGAGUCACGAAUUAGGAGCACUUACUAUUUUUGUAUUCUACUGACUAUAUUGUAUUCUAUUGUGUUGCCUCGUUCUCUGAAAACCUCGCUUUCUGUUGUCUGCCCUAAUCUUGCCAGGUUGGUCUACAAGCAAAUGUUUCGUACAAACAUUUCCUGGUUUUUCCACCUAAAGCUGAAAAUACAGUAUGAUAUCCAGCAACAUGUUUUCCAGUUCGCCAUGGCCCUGGGCCUUUCUAAUUAUGACUGUUUAUAUUGGCUUAAUCUGUUUUAGAGAAAAAUGCAGUAUGCCAGAUAUCUGGGACGUUGAAGAUAAUAAAAACAGAGGAAGGCCUAGUUGCUGUAGUUUACUAUUUAGAAAAGUGGAAGAGGGAUCACAUGUUAAACCUUUUCAAUUGGCGUUUAGAAACAAUGAUUAUACGGUACUCAGGACAUGAAAUAUGGACAGAUGUAUAAUUAAAUAUCAGCAAAAAAAUCAAAUUUUAACUAUCUCGUUUUAAAGAAAUUUCAAAAUGUAAAUUUACGUUAUUUAUUUCACAACGAUGUUUUUGCAUGGGCUCUUCCAUAUGAGAAGUUAGAAAAUCACAUAUUUUGAAACCAGUAAAUACAGUAUGUAACGACUUAUGUAUGCAUUCACGAAAGAUUAUGAGUUGAACAAAGUUUGUAUUUGUUGGUUACAUUUGGACCACACCCUCCCUCUUGGGGUUCUAUAACUCAGUCUAUACGUAAUAAAAUUUGCUGCAAACACUG